CUCUACGCCGACAAAAUGAUGGUGUGUAACCUGAUUCAGGAUUCGCAUGUUAACGAAGCUAUUACCAAGUUGGAAGCGAAACUUGAAACUCUGAUUGCGUUAGUCAACAAAACCAGUGACAAAACUCAUAUUCCACAACGACCGCAACCAACACCAGCCGCUCCCGUGUUUUCUUGUAAGGAACAGUAUGACAAACACAAGUCGACAAAGAGUCAAGUGAUUCCACUGAUGUUUAGUUCCCAGAAGAUUCCUGUGUACUGUCACAUGGGAAACUUUGGAUGUGGAGAUGGAGGAUGGACGCUGGCCAUGAAGAUCGCUGGCGACAAGAAAACGUUUCAUUACGAUUCUCCCUUUUGGAGCGACAGAAAAGGCUAUAAUCUUGCAGGAGGAACCAGUGGGUUUGAUUUCCAAGAGACCAAGUUACCGACCUACUGGGAGACACCCUUCUCCAAGAUCUGUCUUGGUAUGAAGAUCGACCAUCAGAUCAAGUUCAUUGUCAUCAACAAACAUGCAAACUCUCUGUACUCACUGAUCGCUGACGGCCAAUACCGCGCCACCUUACUGGGCCGUCACACGUGGAAGAAGUUGAUUGGUUCACAGGCCUCCUUGCAGCACAACUGUAACAAGGAAGGGUUCAAUGCUGUGUGUACUAGAAGUAACAAUGCUAAAGCAAGAAUCGGCAUCCUUGGUAACAACGAAAAUGACUGCAGCAGCUGUGAUUCAAGAAUCGGAUUUGGUACAGGCGGGUAUCCUGAUGACUCCAACACGUGUGGAAACGAGGCACUCCACUCACCAGAUAAUGGAGACAAACACAUCAAAGCCAUGGGAUACAUUUUGGUGCAGUGAGAAGAACUUUUCCUCGUCUUUAAGGCCAUCCAAAGCAAAAAAAGUAUCUCAUGACAAAAAAGCUCGUAAGUCAUCAUAACUGCUUAGUAGCCCUACGAUUUUUGUGAGUAGAUUUUAAAAUAAAAGAUUGUUGUAAAACAAGCAAAAAGUUGGUGGUGGGAAUAAAUGUUUCUGACUUA